UAGAGCAAAAGAAAACGAAGCAAUCUCAAAAAAAAAGGAAUUGAAUUUUUUUGAUCGUUAAAGAAGUUGAAAUCUUAAAAUUAAAAAUGCAGGGAGCUAAGAAAGCUGGAGAGACCAUUAAGGAAACAGCUGCCAACAUUGGUGCUUCUGCCAAAUCUGGUAUGGAGAAGACCAAGGCCACCCUUCAAGAGAAGACUGAGAAGAUGACAGCACGUGAUCCUGUGCAAAAAGAGAUGGCAACCCAUAAGAAAGAGGCAAAGAUGAACCAGGCAGAGCUAGAUAAGCUGGCAGCACGUGAACACAAUGCGGCGGUCAAACAGACGACCACUGCUGCGGCUGGGCAUAUGGGUCAGCCCCACCACACCACAGGGACGACUGGAACGGGGACCGCCACAUACUCUACCACUGGGAAUUAUGGACAUCCCACUGGGGCACAUCAGAUGUCAGCCAUGCCUGGUCAUGGAACUGGACAGCCCACGGGCCAUGUCGUCGACGGUGUGGUGGGCUCACACCCUAUUGGGACUAAUAGAGGCACAGAUGGGACCGCCACGGCCCAUAAUACCCGUGUUGGUGGAAAUCCAAAUGCCACAGGGUACACCACUGGUGGUACUUAUAAAUGAAUACAAUGAUAGCUAACUGCUUCAUUACACACAAAAUAAGGUUUAGUUUAUGUGGUUGUAUGUUUGUUUUCCUCUUAAGUCAUUGUCUGUCUUAAGAGGUUUAAUUUAUGUUUGUUUCAUUUCCUUUUCUUUUUUGGUCUGAGCUUGUGGAUGUUCCAAUUUAUUUAUGUACGUGGGACAUUCUGUGACAUGCUCACAUGGAGUUGUAAUUUCACUUUGCUUGAAUAAAUAAAAAAUUAGGAGAGUUUAAUAAUUAUACAUAAA